GCCAAGCGUGUGCACCGAACAGGAGGUCAUCUUCACACGCCAAGAUUUAUUAUCCGAUGUCCACGAACGCACUUUCCUCUUCUUUCUCUGGCGUUAGAGUCACCAGUGGAGAGUCGCUGAAAGGUUCGCGCGACCGCACCGUUCUCGUUGUCCAAGCCCGGCGAACCAAGGCGUCCGCCCCGUCCCGCUCCGCUGCUAAGGUGGCUAAGUUCGGCUCUACUGCUCCUCCCGAUCUUUAUCCCGAAUUCGGCGUUUAUCCCGGCGGUGGAGAAUCGCCAAUUAUUCCUUUCGACGACGACAAGAACGCUGAACGAGAGAUCAUUCAUGGUCGUUGGGCCAUGCUUGGCGUGACUGGAGCUUGGGCAGCAGAAAAUGGUACUGGCAUUCCGUGGUUUACUGCUGGUACUCUCUGCACACCGGAUGAUUGCACUGCGGUCGCAGACAAGUUUCCCGGAGCUGUCGCACCCCUUGCUCCUGAGGGCUCAGGGUAUCCAUCAUUUUGGGCCGUACUUUCCAUCGAAGUUUUCCUUGUUGGAUCAGCUGAGUGCUACCGCACAGGUCUCUUUGAAAACCCUUUUCCUGAGCUCGAGCUGUCUGUCACCCCCGGUGGACGGUUUGACCCCUUGGGCUUUGCUGAGGCUGGUGACCUCGAAGAGCUCAAAGUUAAAGAGCUUAAACAUUGCCGGCUCUCCAUGUUCGCGUGGCUUGGCUGCAUAGCACAAGCACUCGCCACACAGGAAGGACCGAUUGCCAACUGGCAGGCACAUGUGGCUGACCCUGUCCACGCCAACGUUCUCUCCAAUGCGGCAUCUGGUUUCGGAUUCUAUUGAAAUAUCCAAACUUCUAUUUCAGAUAGGAUAGGAUCUAAGAAACGACAGUGUUCACUAAAGAAUGAAACAAAAGUGAGUCUCUUAAUACAAAACCAGUGUUGCUCCACGUUGACAAAAUAAACAAUAAAUAGGCAGAGUGAUAUAAAACAAUACUGCGUAUUCUGUGAA